CCAAACUGCAGAUAUAUGGACGCUUGGACCAUAGCAAGUUACUGAAUCAAUGUGUGACUUUAAGGCUAUUCAUUAAGGACUCCCAACUGCGCAUGUCAAUCCAGAUGUGACAAACCAUGCAUUGUGAAGAAGAAGCAGUGAGGCAUGUGAAAGUAAUCCAGUGUUAGGAGGACGUUUGAAGAUAAAAGUAUAGGUUUACGAUGCGUUUUAAGAGGCGUCAGAAACGGAUUUAAUUGUAUAUUUGCUCUCCUGAACGUUACGACAACAGGCAAAGCUACUGCAUAUGGCCUUUUAAAGGUUGAUUGGAUUUCAUGUGACAUGAAUGAUCAUUUUUGACAUCCGACUUUUACCAUUUUGUCGCUAGCUGUCAACAAGACAAGACAAAAGAAGACGCACGUUCUGAAGGACUUUCCGUCUUUGUGGGUUUUGUGAGUGGUUACAUAAUGUAUUCUUUGAAUGACUUGCCGAUUGGCUGUGUAAAGAUUGAAAUCCCAGAAAAUGGACAUUGCAAUGAAGUAAUUUCCACGUGCGAUAUGCCGCUUGUUAAAGUGGAAAUAUCAGAGUCAUCGAGUAAUACAGUCAGCCACCAAACAAUUUCAAUGUCAAGGGAAUCAAUCCAAGAAUUACCCUUACUUAGAGACGCACAAACUCAUGAAGAUGUACUCAACAUACAAAUUAGCAACGUGCAAGGAGCAAUGUCUGAUCAAAUUGUGGAGAAGAAUGUUGUGCCUGUGUAUCAGAUCGAAAAUUCAGUGGAUGGACUGACCAGCCAACGAGCGCAAUCUCCAACGUUUGAUUUCGUCAACCAGGAUAAAAUCUUAGCCGUAGGACAUUUCCCUGAGAAACAGCUUCCAAACCAUUUAAUUUCACACGAAAAGGGGUUUACAGCUAAGGGUAAUGUACCAUCACAAGUUAACAAAUCGCCGAUUUAUGGCAGGGAGACAUUAAAUGAGAUCGAAAAGGAAGAAAAGGAAAUUCCAAUCCAGUUUAAUUCCAAAGAGAGCGCUCACUGCUAUCAACAAAACCACCAGACGAGUGGCAAUUCAGCUCACCAACUUGAUAGCCAAGGGUCUAUUCAUAAAAAUAGAACCCCUGAGAAUAGUGCAUCCUACCGAAUGGAUACCAACAGGUCACCCCUAUCAGCUUCUCUAAAAUCCACUGUGCCUCUUUACCACUUAGAAGAACGAACGAAUCCUCAAACAGGAGACUGGGAGAAGCAUAAGAAUAAUGAGAUCAACUACUACAAUGGUAUGCCUAUGUACCCUCGUGGAUUCGACUUUCAGGAGUUUCAACAAGGAAUUCCAGCUUGGUCAACAGAAUCCCGUGAGUUGAUACCAAACAACCAGAAAACAAGGAGUUGUAAUUGCAGCUGUCAUGCGCAAAAUAUCCCCUCUCGUCAAUAUCCAGCAGUAGAUUCGAAAAACGUGCGACCCUCAGUUAUCAUGGUACCAGUGGGCUGGAGCAACAAUGAUCCUGGGAUGUCCCAUCUGCCACUUGAGGUUGAUACUUCAUCUUACAAGCUGAAUUCCCAAAAUCAGGGAGGACACUGGUCAAACAGAGAUGGCUUGAGUAAUAGUAUGGAUUACUCGGACGAUUCGGAUUCUUCUGAUGAUGAUGAAAACGGGAAAAGAGACAAGUAUUUCCGAAAGGAAAUCGAUGGAACUACAGCCAGAUUUAAGUUGUCCAAAGAAGACUGGGCAAGAAUUCCGAUCAACACAUUCCCUAGCGGUGGCCGAUUGUUGAGUGGCGACUGGACACGAAUCUUCCUCAGCAAAGUAAAAGACAGCAACCCGUGGUGCAGUUUACGCUUCAAGAAUAAUCACGUGAGAUCAGAAAACUCUCGCAAAAUCCACUCAGCGGUGUUCUUCAGAGGAGGCGCGGAAUGCAAGCGACCAGAAUGUAACGUGAAGGUGCGAUUCGUCAUCCGGAAAGAGAGAGGAAAACACGUGGAGGUUACAUAUCUGGGUAACAUCUGCCACAGCAGCCAGCCAGGGGUAAGUGACGUCACAAGUGAUAAGAGAGGAAUGAAACGUGAUCGACGGACUUAUUCCACUUGAACUUAGCUUUCAGCCAUGGACCCAUUAGUCAAACUAUUCAAAUGCAAGAGACGGGUUAGUAGGUAUCGUGUGUCACUUGAAAAUUGUUCACCUGAGGGGAAUCAUUAUCCACCCCCUUUAACGACACGAGAGCGAAUAAUUGUUUCAGAAUAUGCCACGCAAGAACCGAACAACCAGUUUAUUCAAUUUCUGUCAAUAUACUGGAAUAUAUGCCGGAAAUCAAACUCUUCAUUGUCUCUUCAACUGCUACUUAAAGGUGAUUAGUAUUUCAUUUUCUCUUUUGAGAUAGCCAAUCAUACAAAUUAACAUUUUUUAAAGUGGAUUCCUGUCCAUUGGAAAAAAAAACUGUUGAGAUCGUUUGGUGAUUGUAUGUACUAGGUAAUAUAUUCUUUUCAAUCUCUGUGAACAGUUGUGUAGGUAGAAUAUUCACCUUGCACUUCAUGGCCUGGUAAAUAUUCUAACAAUUCCAGAGAAUCAAUUGUAAAUCACCCAGACUGUUUCGUCCAAUAAGUAAUCACCCAUAACUUCGACUAAAAAUUCAUUCGCUGUCAUGUAGAAAAGUGAUUAGUUGAGAGAAAGAUUUCAGCUAGUGGAUUCUUUCUUGAAAUAAAUCCAGAUUAUCUUUACAGCUUCCUUGUUAGGAAAUUUUUAACAGGUAGAAUAGAGAUUUAUUGAUCAUAUGUUGAGAGUGAUGGAGUAAAAUCCUUCAUCAAAUUCAUCAGAUUUCACUCAUUGAAUACCAAAUCUAUUCUUUCUGCUUUCUAUUUCUAUUUCUAUUUCUAUUUAACUGGCUGAUAUAUUUCCAAAAAUUAUUGUUACACUUUACAUGAAAAUUUGAACCAAAGUAAAUCAUUUAUCUUGUGCUCGGAAAACAAUAUCUUUUAGGUAACUUUUAAAAUUGUCUUUUGAAUAUUUAUGAAAUUCAAAUUUGUGAUAUACUUACAGCAACUUGUAUUCCUUACAAAAAUUUAAAAUAGAAACCUUAUUUUGGAGCAGAGAAUUCUUUAUACUAUUUUCACACAUUCAGGUGGCCGCAAUAUGUUCAUACUGGACUCUAUUUCUGUAAUGCAUCCAUCACUUAUAUGUUUACUUCUAUAUUUAUACUGAUAGGGGGAGACUAAAUUGUGAUUAAGGUGAAUUAAAGAACACCAAACACUGAUGAUUAUUUAGAGAGGAAUUUUUGUAUCCUUGUAUAUUGUAGCGUUAGUUAUGUUAUACAUUUUACAAAAGGCCCAAAACACAACAUUUUUGUAAAUGGAACACAUGUUAAACAAAUGUACCGGCAUUAUACGAGAGUAGACAAGCCUUCAGAUUUACAAGGCACUCUGAAUUAAAGAACAAUUUAUAUUCUUUUGUAA